ACAGAGUACACUAAUGGGCGCGCUUCUUACUGCAGGGCUGCACCUAGACCUUAGCCAAUGAGGAGUCGGCUACGUUUUCCUCUGGGUUUGAGACAGCGGCAGUUAUGGCGCCGCCCGUGAGGUACUGCAUCCCCGGAGAACGUCUGUGUAACUUGGAGGAAGGGAGCCCGGGCAGCGGCACCUACACCCGGCAUGGUUACAUCUUUUCCUCACUUGCUGGUUGCCUGACCAAAAGCAGCGAGAACGGCGCGCUUCCCAUUGUGUCUGUCACAAGAGAAACAGAGUCCCAAUUACUGCCAGAUGUGGGGGCUAUAGUAACCUGUAAGGUCUCUAGCAUCAAUUCACGAUUUGCCAAAGUACACAUCCUCUAUGUGGGGUCCACACCACUUAAGAACUCUUUUCGAGGAACUAUCCGCAAGGAAGAUGUUCGAGCUACUGAAAAAGACAAGGUUGAAAUUUAUAAGAGUUUCCGCCCAGGUGACAUUGUCUUGGCCAAAGUGAUUUCCCUAGGUGAUGCACAGUCCAAUUACCUCCUGACCACUGCCGAAAAUGAGCUGGGGGUAGUGGUGGCCCACAGUGAGUCAGGUGUCCAGAUGGUUCCCAUCAGCUGGUGUGAGAUGCAGUGCCCUAAAACCCACACUAAAGAAUUUCGGAAAGUUGCCCGGGUGCAGCCUGAGUUCUUGCAGACCUAAGAAGCCACACUUACCCAGUGGAGGGUGGGUAAGCUGUUUGCAAGAGGUAGUACAUGUAUGAAAGUAGCAUCAAGAUACCGUUGUCUAUUCAAACACCUGGGCCCAGCCAGCACCCACCUCUAUAAAAAUCUGCUCAGAACAUACUCUAUAGUUGGAACAUUUUUCUUAUGAACCUUUCAGUGGAUUUCAUUCUCUUGAAUGAUAACUAUCUCUUAGUAGCACCAUCAAGCAAAUUGUGUAAUGCUAGGAAAAUCCUAUUCUUGAUAGUCUUGUAAAUAUGUAUUUUAUGCUGACAAAGGAAACUUUUUUACUGAAAGAAUUUUGUGAUCUCUUGAAUAAAUUUUAUGGUGUCUUCAACAGGGAAA